CACGUGGUGGCAGAUAGUGGAGUGCAAUUUACAAACCCUCACCGGCAGUGAUAUUGAUUGAGAGGAAAAACUAUCCACAUACAUAUUUAAAGUGAUAGCAAAGGAAAUGCUCCCCAACUCUUUGUGUCAAGCGCAUUCGAACGCCCUUGAAGCUCGAAUGCAGGUCAAUAGUAGUAGAUUGGUAUUGGUUAGAGAGCAAUGAAAACAUUUCACUCGAAAAAUUUGACCAAAUCAGCUGUGCUCUUCCGAUACACGUCGAUAAGUGAAACGCUGUUCGCUAUAGGCGUGAAACAGGAACACAUCGACAAACGUGAGUUUGGACGCCUUUGUUGACAAACUAAACGCAAGUGUUAAAAGGCUACUUGUAGCCAGAAAAUUAUACGAACAUUCGGAUAAAUUCAAAUAAUUUCAGAGAUUGUGAUAAAAAUGAUAAUAUGUACAGAGUUCAACUGUGAAGUAAAAUACAACGAAGUUAAAAUGCGAACGAAAGUCAAAACAUGGCAUGACAGCACUACCGGCCAGCAGUAGGAAUGCUUUGGAACACCUGUGAGCACAAUCCGCCACCCAGUUUGGGUUUCGUAUACUUUUAAGGGAAGGCACCCAAGUUAACACAGUUACCGACAAUGUGAUUGGAAUAAUUGGGGAUAAAUACGAUUCAAAAUUCAACGGUUUGGUUACCGGCUGGACUGAAACUUUUUGUCACUGGCAAAAGAUAUCCCCUUCGGAAGGGAAAGCAGUGAACGCUUCGGCAUGGUAAUCGUACGCAUCAGGAAACUUUUAACCAGUCGGGAAGAGGAAAAUACACGUACCUACUUAAAAUUCGAAUGACCGAUACGAGUGACUGGCUGGGUCUUCGAUGGCAUUGGUGUGAGCAUCAAGCAACCUAAAGCGGAGUGCUUGAAGUGAAAUUAUGGCUCAGUUUAGUUGCCGUGAUUCUAAGCUUCGAAGUGCACCUGUCACACAGGCAGGCGAUGGGCGAAAGUGAAGUUCAUUAAAUUGUGCAAGUGAUGCGUUUCGGUGGGUUCCUUACGAUAAAACCCAGUGGAUUCGACGGCUGCAAUGUUCAUUAGAAUUAGAAGACUUGUGAUUUAUGAAUAGAACGUAAUCAGUCUAUGUAUAUGCUACAGUGUACGGCGAUUGUAACAAGGAAUGUUGUUCUGAUAAGCGUAACCGAUGAUGGCCAGAUCGACUGAUAAGUUUUGCAGUAGGUCCCAAAGAAGACUAAUUGUUCUGUUAGUGUCGUUACUAUUAGCAGGAGUUACCAACGCUGUUCCAGUAAUAACCCGCGAAUCACGCAGCAGCUUCACCAUAGGCUCUUGCACGUGGGUUAUUGAACGUGCAUGCCCGGAUGAGGACGUUAAAUUUUACCUAUACACCCGAUCUAAUCUCGAGGACCGUCAAUAUGUACACAUCGACGAAAGUCUGGAGAAGUCAAACCUCAGCACUUCAUACUUCAACCCAUCGUUGCCGACAAAGGUCAUCAUCCAUGGUUACAAUGCGGAUAUGUUCCUAGCACCGUUGAUUAAUAUGAAAGGAGAAUAUUUAAGUCGGGGUGGUUACAAUUUGUUUUACGUUGAUUGGAGCCUUCUGGGACCUGGACCUUGCUAUCCUUCUGCAGUCCAUAACACGCGUCACGUGGGGACAUGUAUAUCACAGCUGGUCCAGCGAUUGCUGGAUUUAGGAACGGACAAUAUCCAUCUGAUUGGAUUUUCACUGGGCGCACAAGUGACUAAUUAUGUGGCGGUUAAGCUACGACCAUUUAAGCUUAAACGAAUCACCGGACUGGAUCCGGCUUUACCUCUUUUCAUUACUGCUGGGGCUGAUGAUAAACUUGAUCCGUCGGAUGCAGAUUUCGUGGACGUCAUACACACCAACGCACUUGUGCAGGGGAAAAUCGAACGUUGUGGGCACGUGGACUUUUAUAUGAACGGUGGGAUCAUCCAACCGGGGUGUUGGACCAUUGGCCAAAAUCCAAUGGCAUGCAGCCAUCAUCGAGCACCUGACUACUUUGCAGAAUCUAUUCGAAGUCUUACUGGGUUCUGGGGCUGGAAAUGCAAUAGCUACAUUUACUAUUUGUUAGGAUUUUGUCCGCAUAACAAUUACCAGGUUAUGGCUGGCGAGGACUGUAUGACGGGAACUGAAGGGAUGUUCUUGAUUACUACAAACUCUGAUACACCGUACGCAAUCGGCCGAUGGACUGAUACAACUGGUUUACAGAAGAAGGAUCACGUGCUCAACAAGUUUGGCCUAAACCGGGAUCCGUUUAUAAGUGACAUUGACCAGUGGGGUAAAUUGGAUGGAAACUUUAACAAUGUGGAACAGUUUCCCACUCCGUACUCACAAGAUCCGAAUAAUGCUAAUGAUGAAGAUUGGCCCUACUUCAACCACGUUGGAACAAACAAAUUGACCAAAGAGUAUAUUAAAAAGAUUUUAGAACAGGAUAAAAACAGGCAUGAGGAUACGCCGGAGGUUAAACAGAACGUCCCCAAACGAAAUGAAAUGAGCAAUGAUAUCGAUCAUAAAAACGGGUUGACUGAUUUGAGGAAACGGCUUCAACUGAAGGAGGUUAGCGUUAUGGAACAGUACACUAUACCAGCUUUAAACUCGCAUUAGGCGCACUACAACGUGAAAUACAAAUGAUGAUGCACAAAUUUACUAAGUAAUCUUUAUCAAUUAUUUUCUUAAUGUGCUAUGUCACAUUUCAAAACGACUCUCGUAUUUUUUCUUUUCCCAGAUAGCAGCUCAAAAAUGCAUACACUGCAUUACAUAAACGUCAGCCACUAUCACGAUAGAUGGCUCGGUUAAGUGCCUGUACUGAUUGAAUGUAGGUUUAAAGAAACCAAACCAGUUUUUUACGUUUAGAACGAGCUACUUAUGGGAAACCGAUUCUACUAUUUCCGAAGACAUAAUGGCAUUUGAAUACAGGAAGAAAUUAGUUAGUUGCACGACAGCCAAACACGGGUAAUUUCCUGAAGCGGCGAACCUGUUUCUAAUCGCACGAGCUCCUGAUAGAUGUUAUGUCACUGCAUGGAACAUGACCCAUUCCUAGUGUUUAUGAUAGUGGGGCGUAAUUGUUAUGUUUGACACCGCGCAGUGAAAUCAAAGCCGUAGGGUGGUAAAGCCAAGUGGUAGUCGUAUGCAUUAUAAGUAACAUCUAUUUCUUCAAUCUGAACCUGCAAUUUUGAGUAGUGAAGUAAAUAAUUGCGGAAAUAUUAGAGUGACAAAACAAUCAUUUCCGUUAAUUUCAUGACUGAAUUAUCCGUAAUUAACAGCAGCAAGUGGAAAAGUUCGAAUAAAGAAAAAAGUGCCAU